CUGCAGAAAGCCACCUCUCCCUCCUGUACCACCUCACCGCAGUGUCCUCGCCUGCCCCGGGGACUCCCGCCUUCUGGGUGUCGGGCUGGCUGGGCCCGCAGCAAUACCUGAGCUACAGCAGCCUUCGGGGCCAGGCGGAGCCCUGUGGAGCGUGGGUCUGGGAAAACCAGGUGUCCUGGUAUUGGGAGAAAGAAACCACAGAUCUGAGGAUGAAGGAGAAGCUCUUUCUGGAAGCUUUCAAAGCUUUGGAUGGCAAAGGUCCCUACACCCUGCAGGGGCUGCUGGGCUGUGAACUGGGUCCUGACAACGCCUCGGUGCCCACCGCCAAGUUCGCCCUCAACGGCGAGGAGUUCAUGAGUUUCGACCUCAAGCAGGGCACCUGGGGUGGGGACUGGCCUGAGGCCCUGGCCAUCAGUCAGCGGUGGCAGCAGCAGGACAAGGCGGCCAGCAAGGAGCUCACCUUCCUGCUACACUCCUGCCCGUACCGGCUGCGGGAGCACCUGGAGAGGGGCCGCGGAAACCUCGAGUGGAAGGAGCCGCCCUCCAUGCGCCUGAAGGCCCGACCCGGCAGCCCUGGCUUUUCCGUGCUCACCUGCAGUGCCUUCUCUUUCUACCCACCGGAGCUGCAACUUCGGUUCCAGCGGAAUGGGCUGGCCGCUGGCACCGGCGAGGGCGACUUCGGCCCCAACGGUGACGGCUCCUUCCACGCCUGGUCGUCACUGACAGUCAAAAGUGGCGAUGAGCACCACUACUGCUGCAUCGUGCAGCACGCGGGCCUCGCGCAGCCCCUCAGGGUGGAGCUGGAAUCUCCAGCCAAGUCCUCCGUGCUUGUUGUGGGGAUCGUCGUCGGCGUCCUGCUGCUGACGGCAGCGGCUGUGGGAGGAGCUCUGCUGUGGCGAAGGAUGAGGAGUGGGCUGCCAGCCCCUUGGAUCUCCCUCCGUGGAGACGAUGCCGGGGCCCUCCUGCCCACCCCGGGGGAGGCCCAGGAUGCUGACUGGAAGGAUGCAAAUGUGACCCCAGCCACUGCCUGACCAUCCACCUUCUGACCGCUAACAGUGAAUGCAGUCAGGCUCCCUUCAUGCUGUGAGAUCUCCUGGAACACUGGCAUCUCUGAGCCUCCGGAAGGAGUCCUGGGCCCAGUUGUCCUCUGGAGCCCUGUCCUGUGGUCUGCCUCAGUUUCCCCUCCUAACACACGGCUGUUUUCCACUUUGACAAUAUAACACGAGUUUAGGCCCGAA